AUGCCAGAUCAAUUAUCAUUUUUAAAGAGAAAGACCGGUGUCAUCGUUGGUGACGAUGUCAGAAACCUGUUCCUUCACGCACAGAAGAAGGGCUUCGCCAUUCCAGCUAUCAACGUCACCUCUUCCUCCACCGCCGUGGCUGCUUUGGAAGCUGCUAGGGACAACAACUCCCCAAUUAUUUUGCAAACUUCCCAAGGUGGUGCCGCCUACUUUGCUGGUAAGGGUGUCAAGAACUCUAACCAGGAGGCUUCCAUUGGUGGUGCCGUUGCUGCUGCUCAUUACAUUCGUUCCGUAGCUCCAUUGUAUGGAAUUCCAGUUAUUUUGCACACUGACCACUGUGCCAAGAAGCUUUUGCCUUGGUUCGAAGGUUUCUUAGCUGCCGAUGAGGCUUACUACAAGGAGCACGGUGAACCUUUGUUCUCUUCCCACAUGUUGGAUCUGUCUGAGGAGUCUGAUGACGAGAACAUUGCCACUUGUGUCAAGUACUUCAAGAGAAUGGCUAAGAUGAACCAAUGGUUAGAGAUGGAGAUUGGUAUCACCGGUGGUGAGGAAGAUGGUGUCAACAACGAGAAUGCCGACAAGGAAUUGCUGUACACCAAGCCAGAGACCGUCUUUGCUGUUCACAAAGCUCUUGCUCCAAUUUCUCCAAACUUCUCCAUUGCUGCUGCCUUCGGUAACGUGCACGGUGUUUACAAGCCAGGUAACGUCGUUCUUCGUCCUUCCUUGUUGGGUGACCACCAGAAAUACGCCAAGGAGCAAUUGAAGUCUGAGAGUGACAAACCAUUGUUCUUGGUCUUCCACGGUGGAUCUGGAUCUACCCAAGAAGAGUUUGACACCGGUAUCCGUAACGGUGUCGUCAAGGUCAACUUGGACACUGACUGUCAGUACGCUUACCUCAUUGGUAUCCGUGACUACGUCUUGAAGAAGAAGGACUACAUCAUGUCCCAAGUCGGAAACCCAGAGGGUGACGACAAGCCAAACAAGAAGUACUUCGACCCAAGAGUUUGGGUUCGUGAGGGUGAAAAGACCAUGAGUGCUAGAGUCACCGAGGCUUUGAACAUUUUCCACACUGCAAACCAGUUGUAA